AGUGACCCAAGUCCAAGCCUAAACCCCUCCGCCCAUUCCAUCACCAUCCCCAUAAAUUCUUUGUCGCCCAGAACUUCAGCUUGAUCUAUAUUCCAUUCUUACAUACUCAACAAAUAACCCUUCUUCCACGUCGUCACAUCGAGUCAAACCUCGCUCUAAAACACACAUCUUCUUUCGACAAAACUUCAUAUCUUCAAAAUGGAUGACUGGGAUACCACCACCAAGAUUGGUAGCCGCACCCGUGGCUCCGGCGCUGCCCAGCGAGAGACUGUUGUUCGAGGAAAGGCUGCUCUGAACGCUGCCCAACGGGCUGGCGGCCUCACUACCGAGAAGAAGUACUCUUCUGCCAAUGCCGGUUCUGCACCAGAGGGUCAGCGUAUGACAAAAGUCGAUCGAUCCGACGACAUCAUCAAGCCAAACACCAUCGGCAAGACUGUUGGCGAUGUUAUCUCCAAGGCUCGUCAGCAAGUUGAGCCCAAGAUGACACAGAAGGAUCUUGCUACUCGAUGCAACACCACCCAGGCUAUCGUCGCCGACUUCGAGCGAGGCACUGCCGCCCCCGAUCAGAAGGUGCUCGGCGCCAUGGAGCGAGUGCUCAAUGUCAAGUUGCGAGGCAGCGACAUUGGCGCUCCCAAGUUCCCCAACAAGAAGAAAUGAGCAAUUGCGUCCAAUGCUUAGACAAAAGAAUUUGUAAGAGGGCUUCAGAGCCGAGUCGAGCGUUAGCGAAUGAUGAUGACAUCUUGGUUGGGAAAUUCGGGAGUUUCGUGUGGGCCGUCAUGAUGCUUUAUGACAUGGGUACAUGAGACUUGUUCUCUUUUCAUCACGGGGCUUAGGAUUGACGGCAUAGAAAGAACGGAAGGGCCCUUUUAUGAUAUGGAUGCUCUAGUCUCUGAACUUUUGAGCGAGGUAACACGCCUGCUCACCCGAAUAAAUUAUCCCCUUGUGCAUUCUCAGCCUGUUUUAGCAAUG